AUGUUUGAGCUUGAAGAGAACCAGCCGUGCUACAUCUGCCACCAGCCUACACGUGGUACAGAUAUGUACUGCUCUGGCGAGUGUAGGCUUCAGGAUCAGGGCGAAAAGGCGAAGCAGCAAAAAGCGCACCCUGUCCACUUGACGGCGCAACUUCACCCCUCCCUCUCACCCCAUUUCCGCCCUCACACCGCUAUCCAGCCGUCGCCCCGGAUGCCGCCCCACGUCCGGCCCAGCUCCACUUCGUCGGAGUCAGACGAGUCGACCUCCCCGCUCAACAGCCCAAAUACCAUCCCCGCCGGCGCUGAGUCUCCUCACAAGGACCCGCUCGACCUCGGUCCGCCCGCCUUCCCCAACUCUCACUCCCACAUUGGCUUUCCCGGGUCGUCCGUACCGGUCAAGAUUCCCGCGGUGGUGCCUCGUCCUGCACCCGCUCCAACCCCCGCCCCGGUCCCCUCUCACGGGACCUACGGGACCUCGAUCGAUACGCUGCGUUUCGGCCGUAAACCGGCAUUGAUCAACUCGGUCACUUCCCCCAACGCCCUGAUCGCGCGGUGUGCGUGUGGCAAACCAGCCAACCAUCCCCUCCGAGCCACGAGCAAAGAGCGGGGCGAGAGCGAGUUUUCGCUCCUCUCCCUCGGUCCUUCGCGCACGUCGCACCGCGUCGUAUCAGAUACCUCGGGUCCUUCGAACUCGGUCGAUCGGCGCGCGGUAUCAGGCUACGCCAGCCCUACGCUCGAGCCUCUCCAGCUCGCAGAUGGGGUCGGUGCUUCCGCGCUUUCCCGGUCUCGCUCAGAUCCCAUGCACCCCAAGUUGGACUACACUCGCGCCACACCCACCGAAUCCACCUUUGCGGAAUCGUCCGCUGCUCCCCGUCGCAAGUCGCACGCCGCGCAGACCGACCGGCCGGGCGUGGCUACCCUGGGCAGCAGAGAGACGGGCGAAGGGCGAGGGAGGUCGAGGGAUCGGAUCCGUCAUGCUGUCGAGGCGCAGCAGGGCGGGCUCAGCGGCAUGCUCACCCAGCCCCCAGAGAGGGAACCUGCGCCCUCGCGGUCCCGGCACAGGCGGGACGAGGCGGAGAGGGAGCGUGAGCGCCAGCGAUCGCACAGACUACAGAGGCAGAGUCCGGCACUGGCGCCGGUGGAUGCUGCACCGAUCGUGCCGAGCUGGAGCCGGGCUGUAGGGGCGGACGAUGGAAUCGCGCCCAGUCCGCUCAGAGGUGGAUGGAGGAGUCCGAGCAAGAUCCGCCCUCUCGACUCCCUUCCCCUCCCCUUCACCUCAGCCAAGAUUGACAUGGCCACGCCUCGUCCGCGGAGUCACGAGCCAAUGACACCGACCCUCAGCGCCGACAACAUGCAGGUAGACUCGCCUUCUGGCGGCAUUGCUACACCGCCGCUCAAGCGGAAGCUUGAAGUUGAUGGAACGGGGACGCGCCCAAGCGCAGGAGAGGGCAAAGAGAAUAGCUGCGCCCCAGAUAAGCGGCAAAAGGUCGAUCUGACCAACAUCCCUUCGUCUCCGCUGCCCUGCGCCAUUCCGGACCCAAGAGCUAGCUCUACGCCCACGGCCAAGUCGGGUCUGGGCGCGGGCUCGCUGGUGGAGCUGCAGAAGCGGAAGCUGGUACUUAAGCAGUCUCCUCAUACGUUUGAGAUUCCGAGAAGAAAAAAGCUUGAGUUUGAGGCGUUCUUGCUGGAUGUCCAGGAUGGCAAGGCGAGCCUGGAGCACGGUAUUCCGGAGGAGCACCACGCAGUCAUCGUUCUAGCUGGACAAGAAGCGACAUCACCGAGCGAUGGCUACCUCACCAAUCACAUCAAGAAAGUGCUGGACAUGAAAGACGUCCCGGAUGUCAUUCCACCCGGUACCUGGUCUGCACUCAUAAUCCUCCUCUUCCGUCUGAAGCAAUACGGCUUUACCGCCGCGGACCUCCCUACCCCUUCUUCAUCCGGAACGCCCGCCAAGCGGCUCCCUGCAGCCCUGCAGAUUCGAUGUUGGGAAGCGCGACAGCCGAGCAAGUUCUUCAGUGAGGAACAGCUCGUGAUUGUUCGUGCGAGGAUGGCGGAGAGGGCCCGGGCGAGGGAGGAGGUGCAGGCGAUGAUUAAGGGGUUGGGUGAGGUGGAGUGGGCGGAUCUUUUGAGAGGGGAGAAGGGGGACAAGGUGAAGGGAGAGAAGAAAGCCAAGGACUCGCCGGCGCCUAGUCUGGACAGGAAGAGCAGGGAGGGGACAGCAGCCAGUGGACGGUCUGGGAGGAGCGCAUCACCUGUCAAGAAGUCCAAGUUGACCGCCGAGGAGGAGGAGGCAGCUCGGGUCAAACAGGAAGAGCGGGAUGCCAAGAAGGCCGAAAAGGAGGAGAAGCGGAAAGAGAAGGAGCAGAAGGAGGCAGCAAAGGCGGCCGAAGCAGAAAAGAAGCAGAAGCUCAUGGCGAAGCAAAAGCAAACUAUGAGCUCCUUCUUCAUCAAGCCAAAGGUUACACCCAAGGCGGCGGUAGCAGCGAGCAAGCCUGAGGAGGCCGGACCGUCCAAACCGCCCAAAGUACAGCUUGGCGACUUUGACCGGACCUUUAAGCCUGUCACGUUCAGAGCUACCGUGGAAUGGGCGCCAGUCAACAGGUUCACUAGGAAACGACGCUCAGUCACGCCAGAGGAGACGCGUCAGGCGUCGGAAGACUGGCGAUUAUCAGAACACAUCUCACACUUGGUCCGGAAAUCAGGCGUCAAGUCUUCGAAGGCUGCACGACUACCAAAAGGGCUCAAGUCGGCUCCGCUGUACGGCUCGGUCGGGGAAGUGUGGCUGGAGCAUCAAGAUGCGGCGGACCCACGGAAAGUCUUGAAUCGGUUGAAGAACCAGAUGAAGUUUCCGUGGAAGACGCUUGCGUUUGAUGGGCAGGUCAGACCGCCAUACUCAGGCACAUUCACCAAGAAGUCGGUCGUGGUCGGUCCUCGAACCCCUUUCGCCCAGGAUCCUAUGUUUGACUAUACGUACGAUUCCGGCGAUGAUUGGCAAGAUGACGAAGGCGGGGAGGACGUCGACGAUAAUGCCAACCUUGAGCCGGAGGAGCAGGACGAGGAGGAUGACGUGGAAGAAGGAGAGUUUGAUGAUUGGCUGGACGACUCGGACGAUGUCGUUGCAGGUGAAGGAGAUGGGACGCCCGUUCCUGCCGCCAUACCGGUGGAUGGGGACGCGGACGCGCCUAUCCUGAUCAGUAGUGGAGGGGAGCAGCCACGACUGCCUAUGAAGGUCGUCAAGAAGCGCGAGGUGCAGCCGAAGCGCGUCGUCAAGGUUGUGCCGACGUGGAGGGGGCCAUUGUGGGAGAAUAGGAUCGGGGAGGGGAAUGAGGGUAUGGAGGGGUACAGACUGCAGCUGUUAAACGAUACGCCAGACUCGAUUGAUCCGUUCACGUACACCUCGGCCGAACCGCUUCCGCAGUACAAGUGCAACUUUACGUCGGUAUCGAUAGGCCUGUGGACGGGCGUCAAGGCGCUCCUAUCGGUCGACGAAAUACACCCGGUCGCUCAGGCGGAUCACGCAAAGCCUGCCUUAUCCGCCUCUGCAGGACAAGGCGGUCCUCCACCCCACGCAACACAUAUGGCUCCCGGCUCAGCCGCAUCGGAAACUACCGGUGCCCCAACUGCCCAGCCAAAACCCAGACCGACCGGCCCCAAAGUCGCCUUCCCCGCUUCGCACCUCCUUCAACUGCUCCAGCUGAUCGAGGGCAACACGCGGAAUAUGAGCGAUAUGAUCUCGGAUCUGAAGACACACUUUGACAGUGUGGCGAGUAAGGUGGCGAUUGAGUUCAAGGUGCGGGAGGUUGCCGUCAAGCAGGGCAAGGGGAAGGAGAAGGUCUGGAGGGUAUUGCCGGAGGCUUGGACUUCGGUUGGAGUGGUGCCUCCAUAA